AUGUGUCAGUUCAGCACAUCCUCAGUUGUGUACAACUGCGGAUAUGAUGAGUGCUACCGCUGCCACCGUCCAGGACACUGGGCCCGAGAUUGUCCUGAUGACCGGUCCUUCGGACCACGGAGGUCAAGUAGAAGCAGUCGAUACAGGUCACCAUCACCAAGGAGGAGAAGGGGGAGCUACCGAUCCAGAUCUAGAUCCCGAUCUCGAAGAAGUCGGAGUCGAGAGAGGAAGAAGAGGAGUCGAAAUCGCAGCCGAAGCCGUGACAGACGCAGUAGUCGCCACAGCAGCAGAAGCAGAAGUCGUAGCAGGGACAAGAAGAGGAGAGCAUCACGGAGUCGUUCUCGAAGCAGGUCUGAAAUAAAAUCAGUCGGUAAGUCUAAAAGUCGCUCUAAAUCCCGAAGUCGUUCAAAAAGUAAAUCUGUGGAACAAACAAAUGGUGAGCAAGAUGAUCGGGGUGUUUCCGAUGCCUCUAGAGCCUCAUCCCCUGCAAGAAGCGAAAAAGAAAGGAGUGGUUUUCCAAGUCCUGCUGAUGAUUGA